AUGUCUUCGAACUCUUCUUCGAUCAAUUCUUCUUCUAAUCAGAUCCUUCCGGAAGAUCGCCGUGAACCUUCGGAGCCGAGCUCUUCCUCUUCACAUCCUCAUUCAUCAGAUUCUUCUCAAAGAGAGAGCAAUCCCCCGCAGCUAGUUCGCAAGAACUCUAGGUCGGUUGAUGCGAGCAGCAGCCGUGCUAGACCUCGAGUCAAAGCUACCGAGCAACUGACUACAGAGACUCGCGAAACGGGGGCUCGGACUGGGCCGAACAUUGGCGGUAUUGACCAUGAGAUCGAGGAGGUCGAGGAACCCGAGGAAGAGAAUCGGGAGGAGAACGCCACUGAAGCAGAAGUUGCCGAGGACAACCUCGAAGCAGUGGACCAUGCUUCACCACCACUUCCAAGACGAAGGAUCGUUCGUCCCAACAACGUCUCGUCUUCUUCUGUUUCUCCGGGUGCUGUUCAGGCUGUACUCGAAGAAAACGGGCUCUCGGACCAAGUCAUCUUUAUAAUUCCAGAAGCUGGAGAUCAGCCGUGGGACGUCCCCAAAGGCUUCCUCUGCGUCUACUUGACCUAUUUCACGCAGUGCGGGCUCUCGCUUCCAAUCCCUUCCCGUCUUCUUGGGUACUGUAACCGGCGCGGCGUAGCUCUCACGCAUGUGAUGCCGGCCUCGAUAACGAACUAUGUAGGGUUCGUUACUCUAUGCGACGAGCUCGGCGAAAUCCCAACCAGUCGACUUUUUGAAGACCUCUUCUCAGUUAACAUCCACAAGUCCAAGGAGUGGUUCUUCGCAGCGAACGCCAAACCGAGGAAGAACAUCGUUACUGGAGUUAAGCCCAGUAAAUUCAAUGACUGGGAGUCUCAGUACUUUUACCUCGAGAUGAACGAUCUCACCGUAGUCAUCUCCCGAGCAUUAUUCUCAACUCCGGACUCACCUCUAAAUUCGAAGCAGCUUUUAGCGAAGCCGGUAAACGCCGUUGGCCUGAAGUUUGGGAAGAGAUUCUUCAGCGCCGAGCUAAAAAAGCAGGAACCGAAGCCGCUGAAGCGAAAGGCUCGAGCUAACAAGCCCCGAGCUGCUCCAAGACGAAAGGCGCCGAAGUCGCGAGCCAAACGAACACGGACCGCAAGGAUGCUUUCACUUGAUGAGAUCCCCACCUUAUUCGACGAGGAGGAACCGAAUGUUGCAGAUCCGGCUUCUAUCCCUGCCACUGAAGGGACGAACGAGCAGCCCGAAGAACUGCCACCUGCUGCGAACUCACCUGACCAGGCUGAUACCGCCGCCGAGCUUGAUCCUUUGACGGCUGCAAUGUCGGAUCUCGCGAUUCCUCAGGAUCAGCCUGAAGCCUCCAACUCCCGGAAGAGGCAAGACAGGGAGCAUGCUGAAGACUCUCCGGAGCCAGAGCCAGCCAAAAGGACUAAGGUGUGUUUCGAUUACGAUGAAGAGGGUCCUUUUGAGGAGAACGUCGACGCUUGCGCCGAUCUUUACCACAAGAUCUCCUCUGACGUCCCGAGUCUCCCGGCGAUCUCCGAGCUCCGGUUCCCUAAUCUAUACAAAGGGAUUGCUCGUACCACUGCCGUGCUCGCUAGCCAGACCAACAAUUUGGUCGCAGCGUAUGAGGUUGCGCUGUACGAUGAGCAGGUAAGAGUCGCCGAGCUAGAGGAAAGGAUCUCUAAGGCGGAAGAACGUCUCACCACCGAACUUCAGAUCAACGACUCUCUCCACACUGCUGUUGAACUGCUGAAGCAGGAGAGUUCGGAGCUAAAAGCGGUUAGAGCCGAGCUGACCGAAGCUCAGACCUUGCUUUCUCGGGAAUUCGAAAAGGACAAGGAACGGCUGCAAGGCUUGGUGGCCCAUUGGAAAGGUCGAGCAAGGAGCGUUCACGCGACGGCUUGUGAACGCUUGGAGAAGGUUAUCCGAAGUUUGGAUGAUGCAGAUCGAGCUUGUAAGUCGUACUUAGUGGUCAACCAGCUCACCGGAGUUCUCGGCUUCAUCAAACAACUGAAGAAGAAAGGUCUGUACGAAGUCCCGCCUGAGAUGGUCGCUGACAUCGAGGCGAAGCACGCUAAGGCUCUGGAAGACUUCCGUUCAAUCAACGCCUGUGUUCUGAUGGAAGAAGACAAGCGGAUGUCUCCGUUCACAGAAGAGGAUGAUAUUCCGGUCGUGAAUGUGACCCAAAGCGCACAGGAUCCUGCGAGGGGCGAGUAG